UCACUGACGAACGCGCAUGCGCGCUUAAAAAAUGUCAGGUUUAUUUUAUUCAUAUCGACUUUUUAGGUUAUACUUAUAGUUGAUAAUUGUUUUGCAUUCUUUUCUUGUGUAUGAUGUGUCGUGUGUGUAGACAUUUGAUUAGAUUAUGAAUUAAUUAAUAAGUUUAUUUUUAUUAAAUUAGAUUGACGCCAGCAUCAACAUGGAGUUGGAUUUUAAGGAGUUAUCGAAUGAUGAAGAUAUGUGCUCUCGAUUAUCUAAGUUUGCAGAGUCUGUUGAUCAGAUACAAGAAGUUUUGAAAUUUGCACAGAAUCCAGAAUUUUAUGAUCAACUGACAAAUGCUGAAAAAAUAAAAUUCAAUCUACUCAUGUCUUUUACUUUGAAUGGUUUAUUCUGGAUGUAUUUAAGAGCAGAAGGCAUAGAUCCAACAAAACAUCAAAUUAAAGUAGAAAACGAUCGAUUGAAACAAUCUAUGGCAAGAGCUAAACAGAUUCAUGAUAGGAACACAAUAAUGCCAAGAUUGAAUAAGGGUGUUGCAGAAAGGUUCAUUAGGAAUGGUUUAUGGACACUCAAACCGAGAGCAGAUGAUACAUAUGAAAGCACACCCAAUGAAACUAAUAACAUAAAUCAAACAGAAGAAAACUGGGAUGCAUAGUUAUAUUUUUUUCUUAAUUGACCUAUAAGCUAUCAUUUAAUUAUCAUAUGUAAAUAAUGUACAAAUUUACUAGG